ACGCGGCCGGCGGGCCUCACCUGCGGGCGGCGCUGGGCAGCCACGCGGGGCCGCUGGCGGGGGCGCUGGGGCCCUCGCACCCCGCCCUGCUGGCUCAGCUGCGGGCGCCGGUGGUGGGGAGCGAGGAGCUGCUGCUGACCAUGCUGCAUGCCCUUACGGAGAAGGACCUGCCGCCGGGUCGCCUGGUGGACGCAUGCAAGGCCUGGUACGCAGCCAGCGGCGACCCACGGGUCAUGGUCCCCGUCGCCUUCACCCUCAGCCGCCGCGAGGUGAUCUCGCUGCUGCCGGUGAUGCUGCGCUCGCUGCAGCCGCCCGCGCUGAAGAAGCUCUACCGCUCGCUGGCCAGCAAGCAUGGAGAUGUGGAGCCGCUGUUCUCCGCCUCCGAGCUGCUGCUGGUGCUGCACCGGGACAUGGACCCCAGCAGGGACUGCGUGCCGCUCAAGUCCCUGAUGGCGGCGGUGGACCUGGCGCUGCACUCGCCCGACAUAUUCCCGCAACCGGUGAUGCUGUCCGCCAUUCGCGCCAUGGAGGGGCUGCUGCCGCUGCCCCGCAUGUUCAUGCGCACCGUCAUCCAGGCCCUCAAGGCCGCCCCCCGCCUGCGCUCCGACGUGGCCCAGCUGCUGGAGCGGCUGGUCGCCAAGCAGAUCUGGACGGACCGCGACCAGUGGCGCGGCUUCCUGCUGUGCGCGGACCACAUGCGCUCGGACGCGUACACACCCCUGCUGCAGCUGCCCGAGGCGGUGCUGGAGGUGACGCUGCUGGGUCCGGCGGCGGCGGAGGCGGCCCGGCAGCAGGCGGGGCGCAUGGGUCUGCCGCCCGGCUGCCAACUGCCGCUGCCCUCGGGAGCCCGGCUGGCGGCGUAUGUGCUGAGCCCGGCGCCGGGGCAGCCGCACCUUGCAAACGUGAUCAUCACGCAUCAGGUCCGCAACAUGCUGCAGCGGCUGCUGCAGCUCCAUAGGGCGCAAGAAGCCGCCGCCGCAGCAGCUGCAGCCAACCCCGCAGCCAAUCUAGUGAAGUCCGAGUCCCUGCCGCCACCGCCUCCACUGCCCUCAUCUACCCCUGCGGGAGCCCUCAAGCAGGAGCCCUCCCUAGGCGGUUCCACAGGCGUAGUGGCCGCAAGCGCUCCGCUGCCGGUUGCUGCGCCCCCUGCCGGUCCAGUCAAGACGGAGGAUGGAGGUCCUGCAGGAGCGGCCGCUGGACCCAUGGGUCACCUUGCAGGUCAGGGUCAAGGUUUGGGUCUGCAGCAGCAGACGAGUGAAGAGGGGCCCGGGACGUCGGGACGGGCGUCCACAGGAGCGGGGUCAGGGCCGGGGGCGGCUUUGACGGUACGCGCUGGUCGUGAGGCGAGUGCGGCUGCUGCUGCUGCCGAGCAGCGGGCGGCGGCGGCGUCAGGGGCGCGGAAGCAGGAGGGAACGGGGCCGCAGGCAGG